AACUGUUUUCAUCAAAUCACUUACUGAAAGUCUUAUAUAGUCGAGCAAGGUCCUGUGAAUAAAAUCACUGCUGAUUUUAAUUUAAGGUUCUGUUAUGCAACCGCUGCAGAUUUGCUCCACAGUCAAACCUGUGAAUGGAAGUAUUUGAUGUUGCCGAUAGCACUAACCCACAUUUGCGAGAAAGGUGUGAGGAAGUUUGGUGUGGUUGAGACUGGGUCUAGUCCCAGAGUGUGUGUAUGUUUGUGCGUGUUUGUGCUGAGCGGGGCUGUUUGCUGAAUCCUCUUGGCUCUCUAUCCCUGUGCCCGCACACAGUGCUCACUGGCAGCCAGGCAGACGGGCAGGGCAGCGUGUGCCAACACAGCUGCCUAUUGAGAGGCAGCGUUACGGACACAAUGUGAGCGACAGACUUGCUGUAUCAACAGCUCCCCCUUUUCUGCUGUUGUGGCCAGAAAUAAACCAUAAAUACCCCCCCAGUCCCUGCCCUCUAAUGGCUCAACCCCACCAAACACCAAGUGGCACCAAAAAAGAGGGACACUACCACUUCCUAGCAGGCAUACCCAGGUAAAAACCUCACUCUGGACACGCAGUCGGUGUAAUAAUUCCAAUGCAAUGGAGUUAGAUGGUGCUGCAUCAAGUGAAGACCCAGGUUUGGAGGAUUUGGUUUCAUGGAUUGUAAUAGAACCAGAUAAAGGACUAAUGAGUGUAUACUUUUAAGGGAUAAGAAUAUAAUCUUUUGCAUCAUAUUCAGUUGAUAUGAUAUCAGAAUAUUAGGCAAAUUAAUACAAUCCUCUUAUUCAAGGGUGAGUUAUAAAUUGAAACUUUUGACAUUGAGCUUUCCCACUGUGUGCAUAUUUGUGACCGUGAUUGUAUGCUUGAACAUGUCUGCAUGAUGGAUGGUGCUUUGUCUGUGCGUGUGCUGCUGCCAAAAAGUGGAGGAGCAGUGGAUCAGGAGGAUGUCGGAGCAGCAGAGUGCCCCGGAGCAGCUGGCUGCUGGGAAGAGCCAGGGUGGAGCUGGAGCCACGUAUAAGGUGGUGCUGUUUGAGUUCGAGAACUUCCAGGGCUGCAAGGCGGAGUUUUCUGCAGAGUGUAAAGAUGUGACAGAGAAGGGACUGGAGAAGGUUGGAUCUGUGAUAGUUGAGUUAGGACCCUGGGCGGGUUAUGAUCGCCAUGGGUUCACAGGGGAGCAGUUUAUUCUGGAGAAGGGCGAGUAUCCACGCUGGGACACCUGGACCAACAGUCAGAACAGCUACUCCCUCUUGUCUCUAAGGCCACUCAAAGUGGAUGGCGCUGAUCACAAGCUACACCUGUAUGAGAACCCUGGUUUUACUGGUAGAAAGAUGGAGAUUGUCGACGAUGACGUGCCCAGUUUGUGGGGCCACGGUUUUCAGGAUCGUGUAGCAAGUGUCAAGGCUCUUAACGGAACAUGGGUCGGCUACAUGUACCCAGGCUACAGGGGGCGCCAGUUUAUCUUCGAGCGUGGAGAUUUCAAGCACUGGAACGACUGGGAGGCCCCUGCGCCUCAGAUCCAGUCUGUCCGACGUGUGCGGGACAUGCAGUGGCACAAGAGGGGCUGUUUCAUUGUUCCAGACCCAGCUCCAGCCCCCGGCCCUGACCCUGACCCCGCCCCACUACCCCCUGCCCCUCCUGCCACAGCUGGAGCUAGCUGAGCAGGAUCCUCACACGCCUACCAACCCACCCCCACCCCCACCCAACCCCCACCCCCCGCUGUCGACAGUACCUGCCCUCUGCCUUACCCUAACCAUGGCAAACGCUGCUUGUGCCCAGUGAGGAGUGCCAUGUAUGUUUCAGUGGCGAAUAAAAGUUGUUUGACCUGGAGUUGGCCCUGUUUGUUGGUGAUGUUAUACUUGUAAGUCAAGAUGGAAAUGGCUUUAACUGAGAUACUAAAGAUUUAGAAAAAAACACUACAAAAGAUGUAAAACUGAUAUCUGUGUGGAAAUAAUGUAGCCUACAUUUGGCAAAUACUUUUCCUCAAGAUAAACUGCAGAUGUGUUUUGAACUGAACUUAUUUUCAAGUCAUGUGUGCCACUUUUAUCGCUUGUGUUUCCCCAAUUUAGUCAGACAGCUCAAAACCUCAUCCAGCACUGGGAGCACAUGACUUAUUCAGUGAAUAUGUGGAUACGCAUCUGCUUAACAGCAAUGGAAGUGAUGUCAUACUGUAUGUAUGCUUGCUAAUAAAACACAGAGCACUGCAUUCCCUUCCAUAGUCAUCAUUGUGCAUUUGAUGGUUAGCGAUCCUCAUGAUAAAUGGGCACCAAGUAAACAUUAGGAACUAAUAUUAAUUAUAUUAAACUCAUGUAAAUAUUGAAAAGUAUCUUAAUUACGAGUAUAGUUUUUGUAAGUUAAAUAUUUGUCUUCUGAUAAUAACGAGGCAAGCUCUAUGUUGUACAAUCCAAAUAGAUUCCAUCUGCAGACAUGAUUAUUUUUUAUGAUGACAUAAAACUGCACAUGCAGGCUAUUAUUUAGUAGAUGUUGGUGUAAUAUUCAAAAAUAGAAAUCAUUCCCCUUAAGAU